AGAGAGAAAGAGAGAGAGAGAGAGCUGGAACCGAGCACCAGCUCUCCUGCUCCUUCUCUGACUACACCCGAGAGGAGGAGCGUGAGGAGGCGACGUAGUGGGCGUCAGAAUCUUCAAUUUCCAACUUAGCAUCCUGGCAGGGCACUCCGCGGCGCAAAGCCCCGUCCGAGACGCGCAAAAAAGAAAACUUUCUCGCUUAAAACACGGCAUGAGAGAGGCGACAAGUCUAAGCGGCGAGGCUCUGACUCGAAAAGUCGAUCACCACUGAUCCACAACAACAACAACAGCAACAACAACAACAACAAGAGCAGUCCGGUUCGAGUUAACGGAGAGAAGUCAGAAGUCUAUGCAUUCGUCGCUCCUUCUGAUUCCCAGUGCGCGAAGGCGACGGACGCGCGCUCUGCUCAUCAGGGACUCUAUGCGCGAGCGCGGAAGACUGUGUGUGUGAAAGUGAAAAAAAAAAAAAAAAAAAAAGCGGAUUACAAAGUGCACCGAAAAAGAAGCUCGUUCUGCGGCGCUUGGCCAUGGCGUACCCUCAGGGCUACUUGUAUCAACCGUCCGCCUCUUUGGCGCUCUACUCCUGCCCAGCGUACAGCACGAGCGUGAUCUCGGGCCCGCGUACCGAAGAGCUCGGCAGAUCGUCGUCAGGCUCGGCAUUCGCACCCUACGCCGGAUCCACGGCGUUCAGCAGCGCCUCAGCUGCCUACAGCUCGCAUCUGCCGUACGGAGCGGACGCCGCAGCCGCCGCCGCCACUUUCACCUCCUACGUGAGUUCCCCCUAUGAUCACACGUCAGGCAUGGCUGGCUCUAUCGGCUAUCACCCGUACGCAGCUCCACUGGGUUCCUACCCGUACGGUGACCCUGCGUACCGUAAGAACGCGACCCGGGACGCCACCGCGACUCUGAAGGCCUGGCUCAACGAGCACCGCAAGAACCCGUAUCCCACCAAGGGCGAGAAGAUCAUGCUGGCCAUCAUCACCAAGAUGACCCUCACCCAGGUGUCCACCUGGUUCGCCAACGCCCGGAGGAGACUGAAGAAGGAGAACAAGAUGACCUGGACGCCGCGCAACAGGAGCGAGGACGAGGAGGAGGACGAGAACAUCGACCUGGAGAAAAACGACGACGACGAGCCUAACAAGCCUAUUGACAAGGGAGACUCGACAGAUACGGAGACAGAUCCCAAAAUCCUGCACGUGGGUGAGGCGCCGUGCGACAGAUUUCAAGACGACCACCACGGCAAAGACUCGGACCCUUUGCUCAGCGAUUCGGACUUGAAGGAGGCGGACGAGCGCGCGGACGCACUCGUGGACCCGUCCAAAGCCACCACGUCGUCGCCGCCGUCGCUCGUGCAGAGGGCCCACGAGCUCGGCGUGCACGACAGGCCGCCGGAAGUGGCGCAUGGCGCCUCCGCGGUCAAUCACAGCAACGCCACGUCCGUUAUCCACUCUCCUCCGUCCGCGCCCAAGCCGAAACUGUGGUCUCUGGCGGAAAUAGCCACGUCCUCGGACAGGUGCAGAGGAGGAGGCGGCGGCGGCGGAGACGCAGGGGGCACAGGUCAGAGCGCUCUACCGGCGGCCAGCGCCGCGUCUCCGAGCCGGACCUCGACGCAGUGCGCGCUCCCGAGCGGUGCCGUGCUCUCCCGGCCCCUCUACUACACGUCGCCGUUUUACGCGGGCUACACGAACUACGGCUCUUUCGGCCACCUGCACGGCAGCCACGGCUCCGUCACGAGCUCGGCAGCGACGCACUUCAACGGAAUAAGCCCGAGCGUUUUGAACCGAGCCGAGGCUCUUGCCCGAGAAAGCAAAGCAAGGAGCCAAGCGCAGGUAGACUUGUGCAAAGACUCCCCUUAUGAACUCAAGAAAGGUAUGUCCAACAUUUAAUACCGGAAUUCGUCUCCGCGCUCAUGGACUAUUAUUUAUUAUUUGUGGUUGCAUAUAAAAGAAGACGACGAAGAAGAGAGAGAGAGAGAGAGAGAAAAUAAUAUUAAUGAUAAAGGGAUUUCGGACAGUUAUUUUCUGAGUAAAUGCUUAUCUUCAAAUCUUAGUUUCUGAAUGGUUAAUCAAGAUGUAACAUCUAAGAAUUGUCUUAAAACGCUGCAGCCGCCUAAGUCUAUUUGUAUUAAAGACUAAUAUGUAUAUUUAAUGUAGCAUUUUUGUAUUUAAAAUGGACAAUACACUAUCUUUGAAGUAAAUUAUGACAAAAAAAAAAUCGCGUGUGCAGCAGUUGUUUUGGGGCACUUGCAUGCUUUUGGAUGACAAAUGUGACAGCUGCACAGACAAAAAGCAAACAAUGCUUUAAAAAAGUCCUUUUCACAUGUGAAAAAAAAAUCACACAUCGGCAGGUCAGAGGAGAAAUUCCCAGCUUCAGGAAUUCAGUGAAGUAGAUCUGUCUGAUUUUUGUUCCUCUUAUUUUUCUUAUUAUUCCGAAACGCUUCAUGGUCGACUCCUGGCUAAAGCGGGUGUUUUUUUAUGGCCUCUCUUUUAUCACCUGUAUGAGGGAUAAUAGUUCUCACAGACUCUCAGGCGUGAACAUACUUCAGCAGGUGAAUAUUGAUAUGACAACGCUGGCCGAAGUGUCGAGCAGUCAUUUAACCCAAUUACACUCCAUGCGCGUCGUGUUAUGUGCCGAGCGAUCGGGUGUUGAACUCCAGUAAUGAGUUCGAUUUUAUGCCAAAUUUAGACCCUCUUUACUGUUUCCGAGGCGUAGCGACUGAGAGGCGCCCGCCACUGCAAUGCUACGAGGUGUUUGGGGAAUAUGCGUCUCGGUUAUACACUUAAUGGUGUGAAAGGUUGAAUAAAUAGCACCGCGGAUUACGGACGCGGGUGCAAUCGCCAUGAGCACCGUGGCCCUGCGCCUCUAGGCCGUUUCUUAAGGAAAGCUCCAUAGCUCUACCCUCCUCCGCAGGUAGGUGUCACACUUGCUCCUAAUACGGGCCGUGCACUCUUAAACACACACACACACACACACAUAUACACACACACUCAGAGGGAGCAUCUUGCCUCAGGUGGCACGCCAGGAGGAGGAAAUGGACCUCUGUCAAACCCAACUAAACUAACAGUGGAUCAGGGCUUCAGGCACGUGCUUACACUGUUGUGUGAACAAAUAAUUGCAUUUUUUCCCCUACGUAUUUAUUUAUUUAUUUAUUUAUAUACAAUAUCAACGUACAUCCCGAAUUAACAUUAGUCUAUAAAACCUUUAAAUUACGCAUUUAUUAUUAUUAUUAUUAUCAUUAUUAUUAUUAUUAUUACAGGGAUAAUCUGGGUCCAAAGCACAAAUCACACACCUAUAUUAAAUGUAAACAAUCUGUACGAAUUGUGCACGAUGUAUUGGAAACAAUGUAAAUACCUAAAACGAAAUUAUUAGAAAUCACACUAAUACAAAUUCAUAACUAACCAAAUACAAUUUUUGAUCGAAAAAAAAAUGGAUAUUAAUAUAAUCACUGAUUUACUGGUAACCGUAACCCCUUUAAAAACAGACACUCAUGUCUGGCUCUUGGCACAGGGUUUGGAUAUUAUAGACUGAUUGACACGUCGUCAGAAUCAAGAUGUGGCCCUCUUUGGAAAAGGCGCAGAUAAUUAGCUCCGGUAUUUAAUUCCGUGGAGAAUUUAUAGUGUUAUACCUGUAGGCUACAUAGUGUAGAUUCAAUACAAAUGAACACAACUGAUUUAGAAACCAUAUUCAGUUUAUUUACGCGUAUACUACUACUACCACUACUACUACUACUAUUACUUAUUAUUAUUAUUAUUAUUAUUAUUAUUAUUAUAGGGAAAGGUAUAAAAGGGGAGCAGAUUGGCCAGGUCUGAGGUCAGGUCAUUAAUCUCUAUAGUUUACUUUGCACCCUCCACUUGAAAAGUCCCCUGGGUUACAUUGAAUUCCCGCAGCUCUAAUGUCUUUCCCCCGCAGCCCAGAGACCCGCCAUAUUUCAUCUCUCACUACACCCCAGCCUCCUAAAUAGCAUAAUCACCUUUUUUUUUUUCUCCAGAUCCCCUCUAGGAAUUGCUGCUCCUUCUGCGCAUUAAAAAGCUUUUUUAGUAGAUUUAAGUAAAACGGAAAUGACAUUCCAGAGUGCCACAGGACAUUCUCCCAGCCAAGGAAACAUUUAUUGGUUUCGAGUUUUCACAUUUGAGAUAUUUUCUGCAUCAUAUUUUUUUUAAAUAUAUAUAUCUAGGCCUGUAUUUCAAGCCUGACUUUCUUUUAAAAUAUUGAGCUAUCGAUAAUAAUUUACGAUCUCAUUUUCCGCCUGAUGGAAAUCAAUUGAACGUUUAAACGGAUAAACUAGAAGGAGAAGGGAAAGCCUGGUUCAAAGGGUUGGGAUAUACAAUAGCAGUGUGUUUGUGUGUGUGCGCGUGUGUGUGUGUGUGUGAGUGAGAGAGAAAGAGAGAGAGGAAAAAAACGCCUAAUAGGUUCAGUAACAGUCGUGUGAAAUCCUUCCCACUAAUUUCUGCACUAAGUUGCCCGGGACUGUUUUUUUUUUUUUUUUUUUCUCUUGCCAUAUUUAGUCGUUAUCAGCUCUCGGGGAUAUUUGCAAAGGCCAGACCACGUGACUGAUCCGCCGCUGUCGCUUCAUUUGAUGUGUAAAUUUUAUGGCAUGAAGAAAACGGCUAUACAUUAUGGAGAUUAUGGAUAUCUGUGUAUAUAUUUGAUUCUCUAUCUGCUUUAUGAGCAUUCCUACCAACAGCAAAACUUCCCACAAUUCCGUGUAGUUGCAGACAUUUAUGUCUCUUUCUCUACUGCAGAGAUAAACGUUGAUUUUUUUCCCCAGAAGCUUGUGUCGAAUCGAGUGAAUUCACUCGAGCUUUUCUGAGCUGUAAAUGUAAAUGUCAUGAUCUCUGAUCUGCUGGAACAACCUUUUCAUUUCAUUUCACUGAAACGAGGCUCAGGCAUGCAGAAAACUUCUUUAUUCGCAGAAUGGAAGAGAGGAAAAAAAGAAAAAUAAUUAGAGGUAAAACAAUAAGUCAGUUGUGCCUAAGCAACAACUCAGGACUUGUAAUAACAUCCAGUGAUUCAUGUUCACUUCCGCAUUUGAUCUUUUUUUUGGAUGAAACUGAAAGCAGGGUGUUGUGCAACGAAAUAACUUUUUUUUCCCUUUUUCCUCUGUUUGCUUUAUUUAAUCAUCAGCACAGAUUUCACACAUUUCACACAUUUCACUGGAGCCAUGCGACUUGAUCAGGCUGGAGUGAAAUUAUUCUAGGAAGGAAGACAAAAAAAAGUGUAAAACUGCAAGGAAUGAAAGAAGGAAUAAAAGUGAAGUGCUAAAUGAUGACUAACACCGAGUAGAAACCUGCAUCGUGCUGAUCUUUCACUGUUCUUCAAUUCAUAGAUUUGUUUUCGAAAUAUUUCAUAAAAGUCACUGACAUUUCAGUGCUUCUCAUUAAACCAGUGGAUUUAUCCAGAUUAUAAAGCUGAGGAAAUGAUUUUUAAGAUUUAAAAAAAAAAUAAAAAUUUAAAUUGGAAAAUAGGACUAUUUAUGACCCGA